UCUCUUACACGUGACUGAUCACCUGACCAUGACAUUAUCGGAAGUCCUGUAGCUGCUAACGUGCGCGAAGGUCAAAGGGAAUUCUUGUAUAAAGAUGGCAGGCGCCUUGCAUCAGUGUAGCCGGAUCCUGCUGUAUGGUAGCCAUAGGUUUGCAACAGUGUGGCAUCGAAUACCUCAAAAUAGCUGUAGUAGUUUUUACUGGACAUGUUGCUCUCCUUUGGAACGAAAGGUACAGUUCCGCUGCUAUUCAUCACAUGGAAGAAGAGGCUUCUUGGCUGGGCUCCUAGAAGAUAUUAAGCAGGAACUUUCAAAAAACAAAGAGAUGAAAGAAAAUAUAAAAAAGUUUAGAGACGAAGCCAAGAAGUUUGAAGAGUCUGAUGCUCUACAACAAGCCCGCAGGAAAUUUAAAUCAAUCGAAUCUGAAACCAUGAAAACUUCUGAGGUGUUUAGAAAGAAAUUUGAAGAAAUUACAGACACUGUAAAAGAGAGCAUUGAUGAAGUUGGCAAAAGUGAUCUUGGCCGCAAAAUUCGUGAAGGAGUUGAAGAGGCUGCAAAAACUGCCAAACACUCAGCUGAGUCAGUAAGCAGAGGAGGGGAGAAGCUUGGUAAAACAACUGCUUUCAAGGUCAUCUCUCAGGGUGUAGAAACUGUGAAGAAGGAGAUUGAUGAAAGUAUUUUAACUCAGACUGGUCCCUAUCGACCACCAUCAAGGCUAAGAAAGAGGAGUGAAUUUUCAGGAGAGAAAAGUGAUGAAAAGAUAUUUGAGCCUAAUGAGGAGUCAAUGGAUGUCGUUCUGCAUAAAGAUUCUAAAUGGUAUCAGCAAUGGAAGGACUUCAGAGAUAACAAUGUAGUAUUUAAUAGAUUUUUUGAAAUGAAGAUGAAAUAUGAUGAAAGUGAUAAUGCUCUUAUUAGGGCAUCACGCACUGUCACAGACAAAAUCAGUGAUCUAUUUGGGGGAAUGUUUUCUAAAACUGAGAUGUCAGAGGUGUUAACAGAAAUUGUUAAGGUGGAUCCAAAUUUUGAUAAAGACGCAUUUUUGAAAAUGUGUGAGAAAGAUAUAAUUCCAAACAUCCUGGAGGCAAUUGUAGGAGGUGAUCUUGAUGUCCUCAAGGACUGGUGCUAUGAAGCGACAUAUAGUCAGCUAGCUCACCCUAUUCAACAAGCCAAAGCUAUGGGACUUCAGUUUCAUUCCAAGAUUCUGGACAUUGACAAUAUUGAUCUUGCAAUGGGAAAGAUGAUGGAGCAAGGUCCAGUACUUAUCAUAACCUUUCAGGCUCAGCUUGUUAUGGUUUUAAAAAAUCAAAAAGGGGAGAUUGUUGAAGGAGAUAAGGAUAAAGUUCUGCGCAUGCUCUAUGUGUGGGCUCUCUGUCGAGACCAGGAUGAACUUAACCCUUAUACAGCCUGGAGGCUUUUAGAUCUUUCCUCAUCUGCUUCUGAACAGAUCCUUUGAUAACACAGAGGCUGUUUUUCUGAAAUGAAAGCCGUCUCAGAGAUGAAGAAAGUUGUAUUCUGAAAAGAACACUGAAAUACUAUGACAUUCUCUUAUUAAACAAGAGUAAAAUUUAAUACCAUAUUGGUUAGAUCCAACUACCAGGAAAUGCCUGCGUGAUCAUCUUAUUUAAGAUUUGCUCACAAAGAAUGAACUCCACAUUUUCUUUAAGAUAUUAUAAUGUUACGUUAAUAUCUUUAUGUAUGUCUCCUGAAACAAAUUUUAAAUAGUGGAUGAAGAACAGUGCUGUCAUGAGAUAAUAAUGAAUAAAUACCAUGUCUGUCA